CGGCUAUACGUUACAGGGCCCUGCUGCUUGAACGGCUUCGUGUGUGUGUGCGUGUGCGCGUGAACGUGCGCGUGUGCAUGCGCGCGCCCUCAUCCACCGCGCGUGUUUGUGUGCGUGUUUUUUUUUUUCCUUCUUUUUUUUUUUUUUUUGUCCGUUCAUUUUGUCCGAUCUCGCCCGGGCGCUCCAACCCCGCUUAGCACGAUGCACUGAGAGAGAGAAAAAAAACAAAAAAAAAAAAACCGAGACGGACAUUCUUUUUGCACCGCGAGACGAAACGAUGGCGAUGGUGACGAUGAUGGCUGCUUCACCAAAUGUAGCCUCCAAAUGUUCGACGGCCAUGGCGAAGCCUUCUUCCCUCCCCGUCAAGCUCUUCCUCUGGCUCUUUAUUGCCGUCCAUCUCCCAACCAGCUCCUUUCAAACCGAUGAUGAUGAUGAGGUAACCAACAAGACGUGGGUGCUGACCCCCAAGGUAUACGAGAGUGACGUCACGCAUAUCCUCAACGGCUUGCUAGACGGAUACGACAACAAACUGAGGCCUGACAUCGGAGUUAAACCUACAGUGAUCCACACAGACAUGUUUGUCAACAGCAUCGGCCCAGUGAAUGCCAUCAAUAUGGAAUACACCAUCGACAUCUUUUUCGCCCAGACCUGGUACGACAGAAGGCUAAGAUUCAACAGCACGAUGAAGGUGCUGCGUCUCAACAGCAACAUGGUCGGGAAGAUCUGGAUUCCUGAUACAUUUUUUCGCAACUCGAAGAAGGCAGAUGCUCACUGGAUCACCACUCCCAAUCGCAUGCUUCGAAUAUGGAACGACGGACGGAUACUCUACACGCUAAGGUUGACCAUUGAUGCUGAAUGCCAGCUAAAACUGAACAACUUUCCCAUGGAUGAGCAUUCGUGCCCUUUGGAAUUUUCAAGCUAUGGCUACCCCAGGGAGGAGAUUGUGUACAAGUGGAAGAGGAGCUCAGUGGAGGUUGGAGAUAUCCGCUCCUGGAGGCUUUACCAGUUCUCCUUUGUGGGCCUGAGGAACACAUCGGAGAUUGUCAGGACUGUUUCAGGAGACUACGUUGUGCUGACGGUCUUCUUUGACUUGAGCAGGAGAAUGGGCUACUUCACAAUCCAGACCUACAUCCCUUGCACUCUGAUUGUUGUUCUCUCUUGGGUCUCAUUCUGGAUCAACAAAGAUGCUGUGCCAGCCAGGACAUCACUAGGCAUCACCACUGUGCUGACCAUGACUACGCUGAGUACCAUAGCCAGGAAGUCUCUCCCUAAAGUCUCCUACGUGACUGCCAUGGACCUGUUUGUGUCCGUCUGCUUCAUCUUCGUCUUUGCUGCGCUAAUAGAAUACGGCACGUUGCACUAUUUUGUUAGCAACCGGAAGCCCAGUGCCAAAAAGGAUAAGAAGAAGAAAAACCCGCUCCUCCGGCUCUUUUCCUCCAAGCAGACGCCCACGGUGGACAUCCGCCCGCGCUCGGCCACGGCCAUCCAGAUGAACAACGCCACGCACAUGCAGGAGCGUGACGAGGAGUACGGCUACGAGUGUCUGGACGGCAAGGACUGCACCAGCUUCUUCUGCUGCUUCGAGGACUGCCGCUCGGGGGCGUGGCGACACGGCCGCUUGCACAUCCGCAUCGCUAAGAUUGACUCGUACGCGCGCAUCUUCUUCCCCACCGCGUUCGGUCUCUUCAACCUGGUCUACUGGGUGUCCUAUCUCUAUCUCUAAGAGCGCGCGUCCAGCCUUAUCACCAUUGUGGGACUUCUUCAAUGUUAUUCCUUAUCAACAUCUCAUUCGUUUUGGGCGUGACGGACAUCGCAAAUCUUGUAGCAGUCCAUUUAACCGGCAUGAAAAGAUCGAUAAACACUGAUUAUAAUUAUCCCUGCGUGUGUUAAUCUUCACUGUGCCAAUGCCUCGUUUUUGUUUUGUUUUUUUCUCGCACCCAGACAAAUAGAAAAUGACCCGCUGUUCAUGUACAGUAUAUUUUACGUGAAAUACUACAAAAUGUCAAUCACUUUUAUAGGGAUGGGCUACCUUUCCAAUCACGGGCGGAAUUGUUCUUUUUUUUUUUAAAAAGGGGACGAGAGAUUCCCGCUGAAUGUUCUGAACUCCUGUUUCCAUGCCAGUGUUGUAUUGAGCAAAAUGACGAGACCGAAAGCAGUUUGUUAAGUUGCCUCUGCUGGUGGCUGCACGCCAUUUAGAGCAAUCAAUGAUGUUAUUAUCCCUGGAAGAAUUGUCUUCUAAUAGCACAACUAAACGUCACAUUUCUACACGUGGUCAGAGCUAUGAUGACUGUACAGACACUGUAUAUAUUUUACAAUCACACACUUUAUAUAUUAUUGCAUGCACCUUUCAAGGCCAAAACAAUCUUUAUUUUAUUGUUUGUUUUAUCGUUUUUUUGGGCUACAGCUGGUUGUCAUUCAGGGUUCCAAUACACUUUCUUCACACACAGCUGGUCAGGGUAGAGUUUAGUAGGGACUGUUUUGUGUUAAAAGCCGGCAUUUAGAUCACGAACUGUGCUUGUGUAAGAUGAGAAACAAAAAAAAUGCAGAAUGACCUGAAUAUAAGACGCCAUUUGGUCUAGAGAUCAGUGUUAACCAUACCUGUAUGUAUUUAUUUGUUGCAUCGAUUUGCAUAUCAUACACACGUUAUAACUCGCCUGGUCUGCAAGAGCAUAAAACAACAGCGCAAGAGGGAUCAUUAGUGGUGGGUCAAACGAUAUUGAAGCAUCGAUGCCUUAUGAAACACAAGGAGCGAUAGAUACUGUGUCCCUCCAUCUGUGUCACUUUAAAAAAAGAAUAAACAUUUGACAGUUUGACUGCGAAGCACCAAAAUGCUUUUAUCAGGAAGAAAUUAUUUCCUCUCAUAUUAAAUGAAGUCGAAGAAGUGAAAAAUUCCGGCAUCUGGGAUCAUUUUGAUCUUGUAGCGCCAAAUAAAUUAAAUGUUCUUAUUUUCGGGUUUACUAUUUGGCUCAUUGACCAGAGUCGCCGGUUUCUUAUUCCUUUCUGUACAGAUAUAUGUUUUUUAAAAAAAACUAAAAUAAUCAUAUUUGCUAACUAUUAAUUUUAUUUACAGGUAGGGACUUUUUUUUUUUAAUGAGAUGGCAGAUGACCAUGCUAAAACAGUAACACAUUAUCUGUGCAGUGUCAAUAGGGAUGAUGUUUGAUAAGAAAUUAACGAGUUUGAGCCCAUUAUCGAAUCCUCUUAUCGAACCGAUUCCUUAUCGAUUCUCUUAUCGAAUCCAGAUAAGUUGUUGUAUAUGGAAAAAAACACAAUAUAUUGUUUAACAAAAGCUCACUUUUGUUUUGUAAGAAAAAAAUUAAAUUACAUUAAAUAAAUAUUGACUGUUGUUACCCCCCUAAAAAAAGAUUUAAAAAAUAUUGACUGUUGUUACCCAAAGUAUAUUAAGUGGGAUUUUUCAGAAAAACAAAUACAUACAGUAACACAAAAACAACCUGUCUCUGUGAUCACUAUAGGUGUAUAAAUAAUAAUAUAGUGUUAAAUAAAAUCAAUCCCUUGGGCACAAAACUGAAAAUAAUACAGAUCUCCAAAAAGUGCACUUCUGCUGCUAUUGGAACAUACUAACUACUAUGACACUAAGAACGCCACAGUCAUCAAUCAACAAUUCUUCUUCAUAUAGCAUGUCUGCUUUUUCAGGAUCAAGUCUGACCCGCUCUUCGCUAAUCGUGUCGCCAGCGGUCGAAAAAACACGUUCACUUGGCGCGGAACUAGCUUGGACACACAGAUAGGUUUGACGACAUCCUCCUCCAGUCUGUAUCUAAACCUUCUGGGGUCCAUCAGUGUGGCCUUCUCCAGGAAUGACUGCACGUCCUUGUCCUGGAGGGAGAAUGAGGGACAGACACAGCAUAGAAUUAGGGGGGAAAUUAGCUGAAUGUGCAGACUAGGGUGUCUGUUAUUAAGUCUUUAGUGGUGUGGAAUUAAAUGAUGGAAUGGAUUAAGUAAUGAAGUUAAACAUUGUACUGAUAUGAUCCACUUUAAGAGGUUGUUCAAAUUAGUAGUGCUUACAAAGUACAAAGAAGAAUUAUGAGAAAUACUUUCCACCUUAUUGAAAAUAAGAUAUUCUUCAUUUCAGUAUGUUAAUAAUGACUGAAUUAAUUAAUUACAUAUUACAAAACUGUUGUAUAUACUAAUUCACAGAUGUUAUUUUAUUAUAAAAAGGUCAGUAAAUGAUGUAUAUAUUUGUAAACACUCUGAAGUGGGAAAGGGGUAGGAUUAAAUAAGCUUUACUUCUUCCUACUCCUUUUCGGACAUGAUGUAGUGAAAUGAAAUGAUAUGAGACUGUGAUGUAUUAUACUGUAAGUGUAUUCAUGUACGAAAUAAACUAAAGAAAGAAAGAAAGCACUAGUUUAUUAGACAGACGUGCAAACUCUGGAGUGGUGUAGGCUACAAGAUACCGUUAACGUUAUCAGACACAUACAAAAAGGCUAACGUUAACAUUACCGUUAGCCACUGACUAUGCUUAGGUAACGUUAGUCUAGCUAACAUUACUGCAGUCCUGGUUGACAUAAGAGGUAACCUAAUUUUAGCCUGAAGGCUACAAGUGAGCAAAUAUGGAAAUUAACCGGCAACAGUUAACGUUAAUUACUCACCGGCACUACCACUGGAACUGGGGCUGCAGGUUGAAGCAGAGGAAGAGGGGCGUGCUUCGUCAUCUCUGUUGCUGCUUCUCCACGUGUCGAAGACACGCCACGGUUCUCGAACAUUCAGGUUAUGUGCGCCCUGAACAUGUUUCAACAUGCUUGUUGUACUGCUCCCCUUACAUGAGAGCGAAGUCUGGCAAUAAUUGCAUUAUGCCGUUUCCUCUUCGUAUUUUUUUGUAAAAUGAAGCCAUGUCUUGAGGCGUUUUUUCCGGUCCAUUAUUUUUGCUGCUUUCUGUAUCUGCCGCCUAAUGACUGAGCUACGUCAUUUCCUGUGAUGUCCCACAGUGCAUUUCCUGUGGGACGGGAUUCGUUCCCAGGGAUUCGAAUAAAGAACCAACUCUUUUUCUUUACUAUAGUGGCCUCAAUAACGGGAACCGGUUCUCAAAAAGGGAUUCGAGUCCAUGGAAUCGUUUCUUUUCUUAUCGAACAACCGGGAGAACCGGUUUCGAACAUCAUCCCUAAGUGUCAAUACAGCUAGUGAGUGUGCCAUACACUCACUGAAGUGUCAUUUACCCAUCAGUAGUGUUGCCAUCUUAGUGAGUAAUCAGAACCCUUAAGCGACAAGCAACGUUCCCUCUAAGGUGCGCGCCUGUGCAAUUGCGCACUGCUCAAGCGUCCUCUGAGCACGGCGAAUCUAUGCCACGCACAAAAUCAAAUAAAAAAAUAAGCGCAUAACAAUUUUCGACACACGGACACGACAGAGAAAACAGUUUUCUUCAUCAUUGUUCAAAUAUUGUAACGUCUGUCGAGACGCUUUGAGGACAUGAAUUCCAUCCAUCACUUUACUGAGCAAAACUCUUUAUUGUCGGCCAUAAACACAUCACCAAAACAUUAGUAAAAAAAAUGAUAUCUAGCAAAACUGGUCAUUUUCUGCAGUACAAACCAGGCCAAAGGCAACUUUGUUACAUCAACAGCAGCCGCUCGCUCUUUCUCACUUGCGCCAACACAGGCAAAUAUGUCACUUAGCCAGUGAUGCGUUUACAGCCACACAAAAAGUCGGAUAACUCCAACACCACACAUAAAGUGUCAUUCCAGGUCGUUACACUAUGAUUUACCAAUCAAAUGUGUGCUUAUUCUGGUGUCAUUUAUUAGAAAUCUUAAUUUAUAAAUAUUAAUCAUGAAAUGCUGUUAGUAUAUUAAAUAAAUACUAAUAAAAAUAUAUUUUUUACAAACAGGAAGUUGCAGGAAUGUACACAUGAUCCCCUGCUUACAUCUCAUUGUGCAACAUGUGAAUGUUUUAAUGGGAACUAAAUGCAAUGUCUGAAAGGGGUACAAAUUAUUUCCAAAGCAGGACCUCCACCCAGACAAACAAUACAAGUACACAGUUCAUGAAAAACAAUAUUUUUUGUUAUUGUCAUUGUAAGUGGGCCUAAACACUUAUAUUAGAAAAUCAUCUCAUGGAAAUGACUGCUGUCAUUUGAUUAUAAUAAUAAGAGAAUGUUGUCUAUCUGUGUUGGCCCUGCGAUGAGGUGGUGACUUGUCCAGGGUGUACCCCGCCUUCCGCCCGAGUGCAGCUGAGAUCGGCUCCAGCACCCCCCGCGACCCCGAAAGGGACAAGCGGUAGAAAAUGGAUGGAUGGAUGGAGAUUGAACUUGUUAUUUAGUCAGGUUUGGGACAGGUGUGCUGCUGGUGUAGCCACAGUGUGCACGUCUGAUGUUGCUCACAUGGACUCCACUGAAUGCUCAGGGAGUUUUUGCGUUUGCUCACACACAUGAAAAAUUAGAGGGAACAUUGGCGACAAGUCUUGUAGAGACUAAAAUGAAAGCACAUAUCUCUCUUCUCAAUGUUGCGGGCCCCUUCCCCAUCGGAAGGCGCUCGCCGGCAGCAAAAAAAAUAAAGUUUAUAUUUCGAAAUAUAUGUUUUUGCUACUAAUAUUUGUUGCUUACUUUUUGCAAAUGCGUAAUGGCCAAUUUUGCAAAUUUGACAAUUUUCCCCGCCAUCACAAAUAGAAACACUGAUAUGUGUACAAUUAUAGCAGAGCUUUUCUGCCUGUCACUCACAUGCACACCAGUUAUCAAGUGGAAUGGGGAGAAUGGUGUUGGGCAAGUUAGCAAACAGAGGCACUAUCAUGCUAGUUUUAAAGUCAAAAACAAAAAUCAAUGAACUGUCCAGCCACUAAAAAACUAUUUGUAUAGUAAUUUACGAGUUAUUACAAUAAUACUGAAAAACUAAUGCAGCUGAGAUAGGCUCCAGCGACCCCUAAAGGGACAAGCGGUAGAAAAUGGAUGAAUGGAUGGAUAGUAUAGAUUUUCUCUUUUUUUUUUUUUUUUUAUAAUAUUGGGUCAGUAUUGUAUAUGUGCUAGGAAAACUGCAGUUCACAAACACGUCAAAGCAACAUUCCAUUCAAGUGUGGGAAACUUGCCAAAAAAACACAAUGCCACCAUUAAUUGACUUUAUUUUUCAUCAAUAGUGGGUUUAUUUAAAUGUUUUCAACAGUACCUCUGAGGUUCAUGUGAUUUUAGAAUUGCAUGGCUUAAAUGUUCUGCCUGAAAACGUCACAUUAAAAACAUGCGUUCCAUUAAAAAAAAAAAAAACAACAGAUAAGCAAACCUUAUUACUGAGCAUCUCACUUCAUGUUUGUUUAUACUUGCUUUCAUUUGCUUGGAAGGAAAGCAUAUGAUUUGUAAAUGUUGUGUAUAAUAUAUGAUGCAAAAACAUAACAAAAGAAAAAAAAACCCUGGCCGUUUUUACAAAACAAAAAAAACAAAAGAAAGAAACAGAAGGGUAGGGGGUGGGGGGUGUAAAUCACACUAUUUCUGUACAUAAAUGAUGAAAAGAAGGGUAUAAAUAUAUAUUUUGUAAUUUCCGCUUGUCACACUAUAUCAAAUGACAGUAUCUUAGACUUAUUUAAUGGACUGAACAUGGAAUAAUCCAAGAGUGGAUGCUAUUUAUUGUUUAUUUAUGGUAUUUAUUUAUUUCAUGGAAAUAAAUUGUACUUUAUGUUUAAACAAACAAAAAAAAAAUCAACGCAUUCGAUGCAAAGAGUGCAUUUUUGACUUUGAUAUGUCAGUGCAGCGACUUCUCUUUUUCUCUGUUGUGAUCGACGUUCUCACUAAGGCCUGUCCAACUGUUUUGUUUGUUCUAUUGUGAUUUCUCAGUCAUGCCACUACUUUUCACAGGGGGGGGGGGGGGGACAACAAGGAGCGUUCGAGAACAAUGUCCCAUGUGACACAAUUUUAUCAUGUGUUUUUUUUUCCUGUACUCUUAACGCUGAUCCUGCCACACUACUAGCCUCAGCGUGUUGUUGGUGCACUCAAGCAGUGGUUCUCAAACGAUUCCCACAAAUACCACCUCAGAAAACACUAUUCAAGUAUCACCAUAAUGACCGAUAAUACAAUACAGUAGCGUAGUAAGCCCAAAUAUGCAUUAAAAGCAAGACAGAUGUUUGAUUUAACGAGGAUAUUUCAUAUGUUUGGCCUCUGUUACAUUACAGUUUGAACAGUAACACUGUAUUUGGAUAUUGCAUUGAGUGAUUCUAUAGAUAAAGCCCUCGUACCACUAGUUUGAGAAUCACUGUUCUAAAGCAACCUUUCCCAAACUGAGGGUGGGGAUGCAAAAAUGUGUCAUAAAUUUGUUUUGUUUUUUAAUGUAUGGCCCAUUGUGAAAAGUAAGCUUUUUUAUUGAUCAGCAAUCAGGCACUCAUUUUACUGGCAUUAUUUAUCUGUUUGUAAUCAUCGGUACAUGUACAGCAGGGGGUGUCCAAUGGUCGGCCCCAACACCAUUAGUGACACGUGGACACUCCUCGUGUAUAAAAUGUCAAAUGUAUGCUAACACAGGUUUGAUGUAUUCUAAUAAAUAAAAGAAACAGCAUUUUUAUUUUGGAAUACUAUAGUAGUGUCACAUCGCCUACAAUAGGGAAUGGAUUCAUACGGCCCCAUUCCUGGGUGGAUCAGAUGAGAGGAAGAAGGGGAGGGGGUGAGGGGGGUUAUCAUUUGUCAAUGCAGUCUGCUGAAAAUGACGGAAAGUGCCACGCUACAUCGCAUCUGGCGCUGUGGUCAAAGUUGGAAUUGCCAUACAACACAUUUUAAGAUAUUCAACAUUCUCCUGCCGGCUAAAGCAGACGCUCCAAGUUUGUCACGUUUCAUGUGUCAGGUAAGCCGUGACGAAUAGGGUCAUAUGAAUCCCCUUUCUAAUGUACAUUGUGACAUUACUUGUUUUCACAGCAGAAAAUACCAAAACCAGAAUUGUAAAGUGCAUAUCAUUUUUGUUAGUGUGUUUUGGGGUUAGAAAAUACACUCAACCCCCCCCUCGGAAAAACAGAAGGCUGCAAUGAUUGUUUGUUUUUUUUUACUUCUCAAACAUCCUAAAGGUUAUUCAGUGUUGGUUAAAAUAUGUUUAGCAGUUAAAUAUGUUAAAAGAAAGAGAGAGAAAAACGCCUACAUAUCAGCUUUGUGUUUUAGUCUAAAUGUCAUGUGUUAAACCAGACGAUAAGACGGCUCUAGUUUUUGAAGGACGGAAAAGCAUUUUAUAUUGUUUUUUUUUUUUUUUUGCUAAUGUCUUGUAAUGGGUUUUUUAUUUGGUUUUUGUUAUCCUUUUUAUCAGACAAUGUCACAUAUUUAAUAAUAAAUCAUGCACUGUAAAUUUAUACUAAUUGAAAACAGACGUUUGAUUAAAAGGCCUUCACAGGGUUAAAAUAUGUGUGUGGGUGUCUGUGUGUGUAUAUAUAUAUACACUACCGUUCAAAAGUUUGGGGUCACUCAAACAAUUUUGUGGAAUAGCCUUCAUUUCUAAGAACAAGAAUAGACUGUCGAGUUUCAGAUGAAAGUUCUCUUUUUCUGGCCAUUUUGAGCGUUUAAUUGACCCCACAAAUGUGAUGCUCCAGAAACUCAAUCUGCUCAAAGGAAGGUCAGUUUUGUAGCUUCUGUAACGAGCUAAACUGUUUUCAGAUGUGUGAACAUGAUUGCACAAGGGUUUUCUAAUCAUCAAUUAGCCUUCUGAGCCAACGAGCAAACACAUUGUACCAUUAGAACACUGGAGUGAUAGUUGCUGGAAAUGGGCCUCUAUACACCUAUGUAGAUAUUGCACCAAAAACCAGACAUUUGCAGCUAGAAUAGUCAUUUACCACAUUAGCAAUGUAUAGAGUGUAUUUUUUUAAAGUUAAGACUAGUUUAAAGUUAUCUUCAUUGAAAAGUACAGUGCUUUUCCUUCAAAAAUAAGGACAUUUCAAUGUGACCCCAAACUUUUG